GUCUGCGGAAUAAGGAAGUAGCAGAAUCCCUCGCGCACCUGCCGCAUGCCUGUCUCCCGCUGUACUAAACAUUUUAUUUGACCGAAAACGACAUCAGGCUACAAGUCCUAAAGGCAAACAACCCCCAGGCAAGGAUGUCGGAGGCAGAAGAAGACACGUUCAAGGCCGUUGAGCUGGAUCAACAAGCACCAGGGUCAGCCUCAACUGACCCCGCUCCCACUCCCGUUCAACCGGCUGCAGCUGAACCGAGUUCACCGGCGCUUCAGUCUCCCGAGAGCGCGGGACCCGCCAAGCCGCCUAGCGCCCAGUCGAAAGAGAAUCAGUGGACGUCAGCAGUGAACCAGUUCAAACUGAAGAGGUUUUUUGUCUUGAGGCCCGGAACCCUGGACCAGGCUGUGGAGGACGUUAGGGGUCUGGUGGAUCAGCAGGUGGAUGGAAAAGUCCUCAGCACCUGGCUACUGGCUGAGGUGGACCACUGGAACAAUGAGAAGGAGCGCUUGGUGCUGAUCACAGAGGGUUCUCUCCUGGUCUGUAAGUACGACUUCGUCAUGCUGAACUGUGACACCAUCCAGAGGAUCCCUCUCAACUUUGUCGACCGCAUCGCCCACGGCAACUUCACCUUCCCACCCCGCUCCCUCAUCUCGCGGGAGGGAGAUGGCGUGCGUGUGUUCUGGGACCGUCUGAGGGAACCCUCCUUCAGCUCUCGUUGGAAUCCGUUCUCCACAGACUACCCCUUCAGCACCUUCACCAGCCACCCUGUCAGGGGCAGCAGCGACAAGCUCGCCGCGCUCUGCAAUGUCCAGGGCUUCCGGGAGCAGCUAGCGGAGGCUGCACGUGAGGCCCACAGCAAGGUGCCUGUUCCUGGGAAGGCCAACGGGGUCCUGGUCCUGAACCAGACCCUCUUCAUUGACGCCACUGUGGGCCUCAUGUCCAUCAUUGGCAACCAGAACAAGCUGGGCUACUGCCUGGCCAGGGGCAACAUCGGCUUCUAAUCUCUGCUCAGGAACAUGUUCACAGAAAGUACAGCCAUGUAGAGAAGAGUCUGUCAAGACAAAUCACAUGGGUCUUAUGUUGGUUUGGCACUGAAUACAAUGGAGUGAUAAUUAUUUUCGUUAUAUUUCUAUUUUGCUGCGCGGGAGUGGUGUAUUUGUUUGAGUCUUGAUGUGCUUCACCAUUCUGUUCUAGAAUGUGCUUUACCGUUCUGUUCUAGAAUGUGCUUCACCGUUCUGUUCUAGAAUGUGCUUCACCGUUCUGUUCUAGAAUGUGCUGUACCAAAGCACUGGAAGUUCUUGAAUGGUAAAUCUUUUAGUAACUUAUUCUUUGUCGUCUCCUCGGGAAGUUAACUGGGAUUCCAUAAAACAUUAAUGUCUCAUACAACUACUUAAAUGCCCAUUUUCUUGUUUUAAUUAAUGCAUGGGAAUGUAGCUAACCAUAUGUAUCUAUACCUCACCACGUUUGUGGUUUUGCGUUUGCCUUGGCGUCGCUGUAAUAAUGGAGCUGUUUGGUAAGCAGAGUAUCGCUGUGUGUGCACAUCCCUGUCACACCAGCUCUUAGACGCUCGCUGGAGCAUGGAGGUGCAUGUGUCAGUUUGGUUUUAUCGUGAGCAGUGUAUUAUUACAGUGUGCAUGGCCCUGGAAUUUCCCCAGAAUUGUAGGUGUACCAUCAAUCUGUUUGUCAUGUUUGAAUCUAAUCCAUGGCUCUUCUCUGCAGUCAAAGAUAAACACCUUUGUGUGUUUUUCCUUGAUUGGAUGAGGGGGGUGCGUUUGCUCUUUGUUAUAAACUCAUAUUUGCUUUUUAUGUUGGAAACACUCUUAAUGAACCCUUAAAACAAGAUGGCCUCUUGUCUCCCUCUUGAAAUCACUCUUUUGGAUUCUGACUGACAAGUGCACAAUAAACCGGAUGCUCAACAAUGAAAA